AUGGUACUUCCCCCGCCCUCCGCCAGCGCCCCCGAUCCAGGGGCCACUGGGCCCUAUCUGCGCGGCCCCCUGUUCAGUCUGGAACUGUUGGACGCAGAGGAUGCCAUCCCGUACGAACCGCGCCGCGCAGGGCCACUCGGUCCCGCCGGCAGCCGCGUGUUCUUGCAGGCGGCCCUGGCCCGGCCUUCGCGGCGUUGGGGCCUGGCCCUGCACAGCUGCUCCGUGACCCUGUCCUUCCACCCGGACCCGGGGCCCGCCCUGCUGCUACUGAGUGGGGGCUGCGCGGCCGACCCCUCGGUCGCCUUCCCGCCACGGCCGUCCCCCGACGCCCCCCAACCCCCGGCUCGCUUCAGCUUCCGCCUGCACCCGGUCUUCAACGCCUCCGUCCAGUUCCUGCACUGCCAGCUGAGCCGCUGCCGCCGCCUCCGGAACACCCGCCGGUGUCUCUUGCCCACCCCCCCCCCACCCCCGUCUCCCCCGCAGUGUCUGCCUCCCGACGAGGCGUGCGCGGGCGGCGGGAACUUCAGCACGGACAAUCCGCAACUGCACACGCUCACGCAGCCCAUUGUGGUCACCGUGCCGCGGCCGCCUCUUAAUCCUCCCCGGCCCAGCUGUGCGCCCGAGCCGCCCGCUCCCGCCCCGGUGGCCCUGGAGCCCGCGCCGGUUGUGGUGCUGGUGGUGGCAGCCUUUGUGCUGGGCGGCGCUGGCCUUGGCCUUGUCUGCGCGCACUCAGCACCCCUGGCCCCCAGCCAGCCAGCAACAGCCUCGAACUCCUGCCCCCAGACCGCCAGGCUCCAGUGAGGUAGGUAAGUAAGGCUGGUUGGGGGAAGGUCUGAAGCCAGAGCUGAAGAAGGGAAGGGGAGGGACUUAUUCUUGCUAAGCAAGCUUCCAAAGUGUUUUACCCAUAUUAAUUUAAUUCUCCUAACAGCCAUAUAGACACUAUUA